GAUUUUCUCAGUCAGCAAAUGGCGUCGUAGAGUGAGGAUGCACAAGUUUUUUUUCAAACCUUGACUGAAUUUCGUCGUGAACUUGUAAACAUUAAAAUUUUCAGUGAAAAAAAUUUAAAAGGUAUGUUUUACUGUGUACAAUUGUUUAGCAAAGUUUCCAAAAACCGUGAUUCUGGUUAAAUCUGAAAAUCAUUAAACAACAAAAUAAAAAUAUAAACAAUGAACGAAGAAGCUGAAGUUAAAGAUGAAAAACUCGUCCCUAUGUGGCCCCCGAUGGACAGUGGAGCGAGUCCUGGUCCUCAACCACACGUUAGUAUGCCUAUACCAACUACGCCCCAAGGGGGGGCUCCUGUAAAUCAAGGAUUUGAAUAUGAACUUCCAUUUGAAUUACAACAACAAGGUUGGAAAAAAUUUUGGUCCAAAAGAGAAAACCGUCCUUACUAUUGGAACAAACUAACAGGGGAAAGCUUAUGGGAAAUGCCAGUACUAAAGCCACACUUUGACCCCAUUACAGACCCUCUAGGCAUUUGUGCUCCACCUCCUCCUCCCCCAGGCCCUAUACCAUUAGCCCAUAUGGCACCAACUGUAGCAGUGCCAAUAGUGAAAAGGAGGGCCUCAGAAGAAAUUGGACCCCAAGCAAAGAAGCUGAUUCUGGCUGGACCCUGGGAUCUAGAUGUUAUUACAAAUGUUAUUAUAUUAGAGCGCUCACCUUGUUUUUAUAUGCACUCGCAUCCAGAAAUAGAAGCAUAUAGAUGUAGUUUAUUGUCUAAGUUGAGGCAGAGCUACCAAGAAGUGUGCCAUUCUAGAGAGGGUAUUGAUGCUCCUAAGGAUUCAUUCAAUAGAUGGUUGAUGGAGAGAAAAGUUAUAGAUACUGGCUACGAUGCUCUUCUUCCAAGUAACUGUUAUCCUGAAAUCUCACUUUCAAUGUACAAAGAAAUCAUGAAUGAUAUCCCGAUUAAAUUAGUGAGGCCAAAAUUUACAGGAGACGCCCGAAAACAGUUGUCAAGGUAUGCUGAAGCCGCCAAGAAAAUCAUGGAAUCUCGCAAUGCCGAAGCUGAAAGCCGAAAGGUGGUGAAAUGGAAUGUUGACGAAACCUUUCAAUGGUUGAGAAAAACAGUGGGUGCCACAUAUGACGAUUUCCAGGACAGGCUGGCGCAUUUAAAACAGCAGUGCCAACCGCAUUUAACAGAAACGGUUAAAUCGUCUGUAGAAGGAAUCUGCCUUAAAAUGUACAACCUCUCUGUAGAAUACGCGAAAAAGAUUAGAGAGAAGUCUAACAACAUGUUAAAAGAACACGGCAUGGAGCUUCCCCAAAACAUGUCAAUGCAUACGACGAGGAAAGUUUGGUGUUACCCCGUACAAUUUGCCAUAGGCUGCCCUAGAUUGCCCGUUGUAGAUUAUUUGCCAGAUAGGGACCAGGUGGUGCUUAGAUAUCAUGGAGAUACGUUAGCGAUUAAUAGUACCCAUUUAAAUAAAUUGGAACAUCUCUAUAGGCAUAGUUGCUUCGACGACAGAAAAUUCGACCUAUUCAUCCCUCGAGUUUGGGUGGUACUAAAGAGAUAUGCCACGUUUCUAGGUGUCAACCCGUCACCUAACACCGCCAAUGCUGAUGUUCAAGACACGCAACAGAGUCUGCCGGUUACAGUCUUUGAGUGUCUCAACAGAGCCUUUGGUGUCACCUUCGAAUGUUUUGCAUCACCUCUAAAUUGUUAUUUUAGACAGUACUGUUCGGCGUUCGCCGAUUGUGAUUCUUAUUUCGGAAGUAGGGGUUCAUUCCUCAAGCUGAAGGCAGUUUCGGGCUCAUUCGAAGCGAACCCUCCUUACUGCGAAGAACUAAUGGAAGCGUCCGUGGACCACAUGGAACGGUUAUUAAGCGACAGUCCGGAACCUUUAAGUUUUAUAGUUUUAAUGCCCGAUUACAGGGAACCCACUCCCGUUGCGUUGCAGAGGCUCGAAACGAGCCAGUUUAAAAGGAGACAAGUGAUCGUACCGGCGUACGAGCACGAAUUCAGACAUGGAUUUCAACACGUACUAAGCAAAUCAGAGAUGAACGUUCGUUCAGUUCAUGCCACCGUCAUCGUCUGGUUGCAAAAUUCUGCGGGCCACCAGAGAUGGGAACCAUCGGAAGACAGAGUGCAAGCCCUUUUAGAAGCAUUUAGACCUGGUAGAGAGCGAGAGCGCGAUAGACAAGAACUUUUGAGUCCCACACGACAGGGCAGCACGUCGGAUAGUAAAGAUGUCGUGGUGCACUGAUAAUUUUUAUUUGAUAGAUUUUUAUUUUGAAAUGAUUUCGAGCAAAAUUAGGAGAAGGGGGGUUGGAGUUGAUUAUUUCUUGAAGGCAAUCAAAAUCUUCGAAGGAAUCGCUUGUUUCGAAUUAACCAGCUCAACAAGAAAACACAUAGCAAACGAAUACUUUUUCAGAUGUGCCAUCUGUGUUCUUUGUGCUGGUGCCAGUGUUACAAAAAGAUUGCUUACCUACAUUUACAUAUUUCCACCAUUUAAAACGUCCAGGGAAUAUGAACUAGUUGUGUGU